UCUUCUUUUGUUACAGAGAAGAAAAAACGUUACCAAGGCGGACGGAAAUUGUAAAUUGUAUAAAAGAAGAAUGGAAUUGGUCAAAUUGUAUCAGUUCCAAGUUUCUCAUCCAACUACAAGUUCUUAGACAAAGACAAGCAGCAAAAUGUUCAAGAUCGUCGCCCUCCUCUCCCUCGCCGCGGCCGCUUCUGCCGGCGUUGUCGCCCCCGCUUUCUACAGCGGAGCGUCCUACGCUGCCCCAGCUUAUGCUGCUGCCCCAGCCGUCUACCACUCCGCCCCAGUCGUCAAGACCUUCGCCGCCGCCCCAGUUGCCGCCUACCACGCUGCCCCAGCUGUCUACCACGCUGCUCCAGUCGUCAAGGCCGUCGCCGUCCAACCCGAACCAUACGAUCCCCACCCACAAUACAACUACGGAUACUCCGUGUCCGAUGCUUUGACCGGUGACUCCAAGACCGCCUCCGAAUCCCGAGACGGAGACCUCGUCAAGGGACAAUACUCCCUCGUCGAGCCCGACGGUGCCAUCCGAACCGUCACCUACACCGCUGAUGCCGUCAACGGAUUCAACGCCGUCGUCGAGCGAUCUGCCCCAACCGUGACCAAGGCCGUCGUUGCUGCCCCAGCCGUCUACCACGCUGCCCCAGUCGUCAAGACCUUCGCUGCUGCCCCAGUUGCUGCCUACCACGCUGCCCCAGCUUACGGUUACGCCGCCGCCCCCAUUGCCAAAUACCACUUUUAAAUACUUUCUUUAAAAGUAGGGAGAGAAGAAAAAAUGUGAUACUUUUCCAAGCUCUAAAUUUAUCUAAAACUUGAAAUUUGUCCUCCUCUUCCAGGCUAAUUAGUUGAUUCGAUGUGUCUUUCGAAGUGUUCAAAUAUGAUGAUGAAUAUGUAUUUAUAUUUGAGUGAUGAUAAAAAACUGUAAUAAAUCUGUUGCAAAUUUA